AUGGCGUUGUAUGUAUCGUGUGUACAAGUUAACACAGUGAGUCGAGUGUCACGACAGCAUGCUGUUGGAGAGAGUAAGAGCAUUGUAAUUACGUGUAACUAUAGUGGUAACUGUGGCGGUAACUACGGUGGUAACUAUGGCGGUAACUAUGGUGUUAACUAUGGUGGUAACUAUGACGGUAACUAUGGUGGUAACUAUGGCGGUAACUAUGGUGGUAACUAUGGCGGUAACUAUGGUGGUAGCUAUGGUGGUAACUAUGACGGUAACUAUGGUGGUAACUAUGGUGGUAACUAUGGGGUAACUAUGGUGGUACCUAUGGCGGUAACUAUGACGGUAACUAUGGUGGUAACUAUGGUGGUAACUAUGGUGGUAACUAUGGCGGUAACUAUGGUGGUAGCUAUGGUGGUAACUAUGGUGGUAACUGUGGUGGUAACUUUGGGGUAA